AUGCUCAGUUUACUACGUGUGCUCAAGUCUACAAGUCCAGUGUGUGUCCAGCUGUCCAGUUCUCUACAGACCAACGGGGGCUCACGAUGGGCUCAAAGUGCAGUGCAGCGAACAUUAUGCAGCGGUGUUGUCAGGAUGCAAGAGGUCUCUACAGAAUCCAGCACAAAAACUGCAGAGAAUUCUAAGGAUUUCAGCCACAUUCCUCCACUGCCGGGGCAGGACAGUCCACUGAGAUGGGGUGGGAACAAGUUUGAAGAUUUGCCUAUAGUUCACGUAAAGGCCACGUAUAACAACACUCAUAUUCAGCUGACCGAUAGUGCAGGAGCUUCUCUGGUCAGGACCUCAUGUGGGACAGAAGGCUUUAAAAAUAUCAAAAAAUCGACACCAGUAGCCGCUCAAACUGCUGCGAUCGCUGCUGCUACAAAAGCAACGGCUAAAGGAGUCUCGUAUGUCCGUGUCGUGGUCAAGGGUAUCGGCCCAGGACGCCAAGCUGCGAUAAAAGGACUGGCCAUGGGAGGUCUGGAGGUGGUCUCCAUCACUGACAACACGCCUGUGCCACAUAAUGGCUGCCGUCCACGCAAAGCCCGGAGAACCUGA